GAGAGUGAAGAAAGAGUUUCUGAAGAAAACAACAUGGACAGCUGCGGUGAUCACAAUAAUGAGCCAACAAUCUCCAAAAUAGCCCACGAUUACGACAACCUGGAACGAGGUGCAGUCUGCAACGAAGUUUGUGAUGCAAACAAAGACACCCAAGAAACAAAUAAAAAAGGCGGCCAACAUAAUGCUGAAAGCGUGGAAUUGAAUGACUCGGACAACCAAGCUCGUUGUCCGUUUGUUCGAGUUUGGAGUCCUGAGGAGCUGGCGUCUAAUCCUCGUCAUACCGAGAGCAGAGUUGUAGCAAACACUGCAUACUUAAAAAAUGCAAUGAAAAGAAGGGGACAAAGCAAGAAGAGGCAAAACACAGAAAACUUGUCAGUUGGAGAUUUCGUUACAGUGAAGAUUCCAAAACAAGACCGGCACAAGUUUCAGAGCAAACGCCUUCCUGCCGUUAUUGUUAAACAGCAUGGAAAGAAGCGACUGUCGUUUACACUUGGGUAAUUAUUAUCCUGAUUAAGACGGUAUGUAAAACCAAAGAGAAAAUAUUCCAACUCUUUUAUUUACAAAACUAUUAAUGUUAGAACAACCAUUAAACUUGUACUGGCAAGCAGUAAAAUUUGUGUGCAGCCCUCGUAUCUGUAUGCC